CCCUCUUCAAUUAAAAACCUCUUACAACUAUUCCAAGUAACACAAUUAGCAUAUAAUUAAAUAAAAAUGGUGGAUCAUAAUCCAAGCUUAAAGUUAAUAUCCAUGGUGGCAAUAAUAUCAGUCUUAGUAUCAAGUGCCACGUGGAAGACGGUGGAGGCCCAAGUAGAUUGUCCGGCGGUGACUCAGCAGUUGAACACGUGUUCGGUAUUCAUUAGCUACGGGUCGCCGGACCCGAUGCCCGAUUCGCCGUGUUGUGAAGCGAUUAUGGGCCUGAGUAAUAUGGGGGAUACCAUUGAGAAUAGGAGGUCCAUUUGUAGGUGUUUGAUGGGCCUAAUUGCUGCUUAUAGCCCAGAUGCUGCUUCUAUUGCUACUUUGCCGGGCUUUUGUGGGGUUUCUUUGGGCUUUGUCAUUGAGCCCACUGUUGAUUGCACUAAUCUUGUUUUUCUAUGUUAUGCAGCAUUUUGUGACAGAAGAUGUGAAGAAUCGGGCCGGGCCGGGCGGGUUCCAAAUAAAAAAACUUUAGCUAGGUUCAUGUAACUUUUAAGUGUAUCAACAUUUUGAGUGCCUUUUUAUUUGCAAUCAAGAUUUAAGUCUAUAACUCUA